AGCUAUGUCGUUUUUAUUUUUCAAGGUAUUUUAACAUUUUAGCUAAAUUCUACGAUGUUAUCCUCCAAAAAUACGAUUAUAUAAACAGCAUUUUAGAAAUAAAAAUAUUCCUGCAUUUCCUUUUAUAUUAAACAUUCGGUUCAUGACUGUGAAGAUUCUAAACUAAUCUUACUUAUAAAACAUACUUAAAUUAUACUACAAACUAAACUAUACAAUUUAAUAUUUAGGAAAGUUCAUGGGUUGCAUCUACAAAAUAAAUAUAAAGAAAAAAAUAGGAGAAUGAUCGAUUUAAGAUCCGAGUUUCAUAUUACAAUAAUCUGAAAGAAGUCUAUUCAUAACUUUUAUACAAGCUGUAUAAGUUUCCCAUAUUUUUCUGUUUUUUUUUGUUUCAUAAAAAUAGCAUUUUGGUGUGUUUAAUGUAACUUUACAACUUCUGUAUCUACAUAUAUAAAUUUAUGAAAUUUAUAUUAUAUAUUUCAGGAUUAUUAUUUUUAUUAUUAAAAUGUGUUAAAAUUCAAAACUACCUUCUUCGUGAAACAUAGAGAAACAUAUGCACUAUAAGAAUUCACUUGGGAAUACUCAAGACUUGUCUUGGAACAUGUCCAUCUCUAUAUUGACUUGUGCAUUUACUAUCUAAAUCAGAAGAAGCAUUGUUAAUAGAAAAAAUCGUUGAUUUCAUUAUAUGUGUGUUUAAUGACUAAAUUCGUUCUAAAUGAUGUUUUUCUUUGUUAAAGAAGUCACAACCUAAACAGGCCAAUAUAGUUAACCCGUUUAAAUUGUUAAUUUCAACACAAUUCUUCUCAUAAGAUUAUUAUAAAAACUAAUUAUCAUGUUAUCUCACUUAAAAAAAUAAUUUCUUUGGCUUAAUAAAAAGUUGUUUAGCGUCUAACCAUAUAGAAAACCAAAGUACCAUCAAGACUCUAGAAAUUGAAAAAUUGGAUGCCCAUGGUUUCAAGAGGGAGAGAGAGAGAGAGAUAGCUAUUUAUCUUAGACGGGAGAUUAUUUGAAAACAAUAGUAUUGAAGCAUAACAAAAACGGUAAGACUAUAAACUUGUCUGAUCAGUUUUGUCAUGACUUAAAAAGCCCACUAGUUAUUUGUUUUUAAUGUUGUUUGUCUCAUCGGUUUCAGCUUUGUUUUACUUUUGAAAACAGGUAAUUAAAUUUAGUAUAAAAGUCAAAAGAUGUUUCUUAAGCUUCUUUCCAUUCAAUAUAAAUAGUCAAAGGAUUGUACUAUCUGCUCAUCAAUCAAAACACAAACUCGAUAAAGACUCAUAUAUUUGGAGAAAUCUUUCUUCUUCUUUUUUCCUUAUCUCAUAAUGUCUAUUAAACAUGUUUUUUUCUUUAUGGUGUUUGUCUGUGUUGUAGUCUCUGCCAAUGCUCAACUACCCCAGUUUCCCAUCCCAUUUCCUUUUCCACUCCCAUUCCAACCAAGUCCCGGUAUUCCCGGACUACCUGAUGUAGCAAAAUGUUGGUCUUCAGUGAUGGAUAUUCCAGGAUGCAUUAUAGAGAUUUACACAUCCAUACUCACAGGACAAUUCGGACAUAUAGGUCCUUCCUGUUGCAAAGCAUUUUUGGAAGCCGAAGCCAAUUGCUUACCGAAACUUCCAUUCAACCCACUUUUUCCUCUCAAAGAACAAUGUUCAAGAAUUGCUAAUGCAGCUCCUCCUACCACAAAAUAGGGUUUUACAUUAAUAGAAGUAAUAGCUAUGUCAUUUUUAUUUGUCAAGCUUUUUUAACAUCUUAGCUAAUUUCUACGAUGGUAUCCUCCAAAAAUACAAUUAUAUAAACAACACUUUAGAAAUAAAAGUAUUCCUGCAUUUCCUUUUAUAUUAACCUUGUGUUUCAUGACUGUGAAGAUUCUAAACUAAUCUUACUUAUAAAACAUACUUAAAUUAUACUCCAAACUAAACUAUACAAUUUAAUAUUUGGGAAAGUACAUGGGUUGCAUCUACAAAAUAUAUAUAAAGAAGAACAGAGGAGAAUGAUCGAUUUAAGAUCCGAGUUUCACUUUACAAUAAUCUGAAAGAAGUCUAUUCAUAAUUUUACACAAGCUGUAUAAGUUUCCCAUCUUUUUCUGUUUUUUUUUUGUUUCAUAAAAAGAGCAUUUUUGUGUGUUUUAAUGAAACUUUACUACUCCUGUAUCUACAUAUAUAAAUUUAUGAAAUGUAUAUUAUAUAAUAAAGUAUGAUUAUUUUUAUUAUUAAAAUGUGUGAAAACUCAAAACUACCUUCUUCGUGAAACAUAGAAAAACAUAUGCACUAUAAGAAUUCACUUGUGAAUGCGCAAGACUUGUCUUGGAACAUGUCCAUCUCUAUAUUGACUUGUGCAUUUACUAUCUAAAUCAGAAGAAGCAUAGUUAGUAGAAAAAAUAUUUGAUUUCGUUAUAUGUGUGUUUAAUGACUAAAUUUUUUCUAAAUGAUGUUUUUCUGUGUUAAAGAAGUCACCACCUAAACAAGCCAAUAUAGUUAUCCCGUUUAAAUUGUUAAUUUCAACACAAUUCUACUCACAAGCUUAUUAUAAAAACUAAUUAUCAUGUUAUCUCUCCUAAAAAAUUAAUUUUUUUUGGCUUAAUAAAAAGCUGUUUCGUGUCGACCAUAUAGAAAUCCAAAAUACCAUCAAGACUCUAGAAAUUGGAAGAUUGCAUGCCCAUGGUUUCAAGAGGGAGAGAGAGAGAGUGUGUGUGUGUGUGUGUGAGAGAGAGAGAGCGAGAUAUAGAGAGAUAGAUAUUUGUCCUAGACAGGAGAUUAUUUGAAAACAAUAGUAUUGAAGCAUAACAAAAACAGUAAGACUAUAAACUUGUCUGAUCAGUUUUGUCAUGACUUAAAAAGCCCACCAGUUAUUUGUUUUUAAUGUUGUUUUUCUCAUCGGUUUCAGCUUUGUUUUACUUUUGAAAACAGGUAAAUAAAUUUAGUAUAAAAGUCAAAAGAUGUUUCUUAAGCUUCUUUCCAUUCAAUAUAA